CAGAGAAUUUGGGUGAAUUUCCCCAGAGAUUAAACACAAAUAUAAAGGCAUCCUGUUGUCAAAAAAACAAACAAACAACAUGUCUGUGCUCUAUAGAAUGUAACUGUGUGAAACAUGAACAACUGAACAGUCUGUUUAAGGAAAGGAAAGGCAGGCCUAGACUAGACAUCUGCUGUCAUCAUGUAUUCAUCAUGUUCAUCUACGUUUCGCGAGGCUCAUGAAUUGUCCUCUCCAUACACAUCUUUACAUGAUAAUUAUGUUCCCAAAAAGCAGCGCCCGAGUGGACUUAAAACUUUGCUAUUGGCCAUGGGAUGUUUGAUUAUCCUAGGGGUCUUACUUGCCAUUGCUUUGCUAGUGGAGAUGAAAAAUGAGGAAAAGAUUAACGAAGCUGUCGAUCAGAAUACCACGCAUCGACCAGAGCCACAUGCUGAGCGAUGUGAUCAUGGUGAAGAGUGCAGGAUUGUUCUGGUUGAGAGUAUUCCUUUAUGGAUGGAUUAUGGACCCAAUGCCACUUUUGGAGUACCGCUGUACAAGGCAUGGAAAGACCUUCUGUCUACAGCGACCGAGCAGAUCGAUAUAGCAUCAUUCUAUUGGUCUCUUACUGGUGAGGACAUCGGAGUCAAGUCCUCCACUGACCAAUUUGGUCGCGACAUAAUGGAACAAUUAAAAGUGUUGCCAAAAAGAAACGUGUCCGUGAGAGCCGUGAGCAGCAUCCCCUCUGUGGCAGCCAACUCGACAGACCUGGAAGUCCUGAGAGAAAAUGGAGUCCAUGUCAGACGAAUUAACUUUGGCAAAUUGACCCGAGGAAUUCUUCACAGUAAGUUUUGGAUUGUGGACAGGAGACAUGUCUACAUCGGCAGUGCCAAUAUGGACUGGAGAGCAUUAACGCAGGUGAAGGAACUUGGAGUGGUGAUUUACAACUGCACCAGUCUGGCCACAGACCUCCAGAAGAUCUUCCAAUCCUACUGGGUUAUGGGCCACAGCAAUGCUACGAUCCCAGAUCCCUGGCCUUCUUCUUAUGACACAUCCAUCAAUAAAGACCAGCCUCUUCAUCUGAACCUUAGCGAUGUGCCCAGCAGAGUUUACAUUUCGAAUUCCCCUCCUGCUUUCUGUCCGGACUCACGCACCAAAGACCUGGAUGCAGUUUUGUCUGUAAUCCACCAGGCAAAGCAGUUCAUUCAUGUAGCAGUUAUGGAAUAUUUUCCUGCGUCUAAAUUUUACUACCAUCACAGAUACUGGCCAGUUAUUGAAAAUGCACUAAUACGGUCAGUGUUUGAGAGGAACGUGACAAUGAGUCUCCUGGUCAGUUGUGGCCGUGAUAGUGACCCCACCAUCCUGCCCUUCCUCAAGUCCCUCAGUGCCCUGAACUCUGCAUCUGACAACAUCAGGAUAGAAGUGAGACUCUAUAUUGUUCCUGCGGGUAACGAGACUAACAUUCCCUACACCAGAGUAAAUCACAACAAAUAUAUGGUUACCGAUAACGUAGCAUACAUAGGUACCUCUAACUGGUCUGCUGACUACUUCAACACUACCGCUGGUGUCGGGUUGGUGGUUUCCCAAGAUGUUUUGGAUUCCCCCUCACCUGCAGACACCUUACUGGGGCAGCUAAGUGCUGUAUUUGACCGAGACUGGAGCUCCAAAUUUGCAGUGCCCCUUGAAAAACUGGGUCACAACCCUGACUGUGCUUUUUCUAAAGCAUAAAUGGAUGAUAUCAAGUCAGUGAGCAGUAUAAAGAGGUUUUAUUACACAAGGUGAAAUGGAAUGGAAUGCAAAAUUGAAAUGCUGCACUUUGUACAGUGUAAUGCUUACCAAUACGAAGGCAUAUAAUUAACUUUCUGUAAUUGGUAUAAUAAUAACAGUCCUUUUCCCUCUAGUAAGAAAGGAUGAGGAGAGAACUGACACACGCGCGCACAGUUAAGCAUCAAAAUGAACAGGUUUAAGAAUAGCAUUUAUUGAGUAAAUAAACAGACAUUUAUAGAGAAAAGAAAUAAAUGUUGUGAUGCAUGCAACUUGGAAAAUAAUCAGUAUCACUGCUGUUAACAUUUAAAACAAUGGAUCUGAACAUAGGGUCUGGGAUAUUUUAUUUCAGAAAGCAAAACCCACCACAACCACGGCUGUUGUAGUGUUUAUUAUUAACUUAUGAUGGUUAUUAGUCUGUUUGACCGGUCACUUGAAUUUAAACCAGACGUCAUUAGAGGCUGACGUUUGGGAAUUAAUAUAACCACUCGUCACGUGACUGGGACAGGACAAGCAAAAAGUCAAUGGGAAUCAUAACAGUAGGUCAGGUUUUUCGAUACAAAUAUUCAGUUCUGAUAUGAAUAAACUUGGACUGCAACAAAAAUAGAUAAUAAUAUUCGACAACAAACUUCAUUAUAGAGUAAUUGAAUUAUCAAAUAUCAAUUAGCUUGUAGGAAGUUAAACUAUUUUCCUGACCCAGUAGGGCUGAUAUGUGUAGAUACGCACACUAGACAGUAUAUUUUUAAUGUCUUGCGUAUCGAGUCUCCAUCCUACUUUCGAUUCUCAUCGAAAUCAAUCCUAAAAAAGAGUUGACUCACUCAUUUUGGGAUUGAAACCCGAACACUUUGGAGUCGAUUCCAUCCACUGAAAAUGAUUCACCCCGCGCUCAUGCAUGCACACACAGCAAGCACAAUGAAGUUUCAGUGAAUGAAACAGAAAGCAGAAAUUUAUUAUGCCUUUAUUCUGAUUUUGUCUCUUCGAGUAUUUGAACAAAUGAGGGUUUGAAAUACGGGUAAGACACACAGGUUAAAAAAAGCAAUAAUGAAUAAAACCGUCACCUUGCAUUAGUUUGCGUGUCUGAUUUGUUUGACGUGAGAUCUUGAUGAUACUCUUGUGCUGUGAGAGAUUACUGAUUUAUUAGAUAAUGUAAUGUGGAUAGUGAUCUGUAGUGAUGGCCAAAUGAGGCUCUGAAACGCGUAUUGAGUAGGAGUAUCUUUUAGCAGAAAACCUUGGCUGUGAUUCACUAAAUAGUUCCAUCCAUCCAUUAUCUGUAGCCGCUUAUCCUGUACAGGGAUGCGGGCAAGCUGGAGCCUAUCCCAGCUGACUGUGGGCGAGAGGCGGGGUACACCCUGGACAAGUCGCCAGGUCAUCGCAGGGCUGACACAUGGAGACAACCAUUCACACCUACGUUCGAUUUAGAGCCACCUAACUGUAGGGGAAACCAGAGUACCUGGAGGAAACCCAUGUAGGGAGAACAUGCAAACUCAAGCACACAGAAAAUGCCCUUGUUGGCUGCUGGGCUCGAACCCAGGACCUUCUUGCUGUGAGGCGACAGUGCUAACCAUUACACCACUUGAAAUCUCAAGAGUUUCAACAGAGUUCACUAGCGACACCUACUGCCAAGAUAAAUAUACAGCAUGUUUUAAUUUCUACAACACCAGUGUUCUGCCACUUUGCAUGAUUUGCAUAUAAUUUUCACAAUUUUCCAUCUUAAAAUAACUGUUAAGUUUAUGUGCCUUUAUGUUAUUUAGUGUUGACUCUUCUGAUUUACACACGAAUGUGCGUACUUUAUCCCUUUGUAUGAAUUCAUGCUCCGUAUAAUUAUGUCUGCACAAUAAAAAGGUAUACAUAAACAUAAA